AUGGAAUACCAAAUGAAUAGAGAUUUGAAAUACUACUUGUUUUUCUCUUUGAAUGAGGCACUCUUUGCAUCAUAUACCAUCCUAGUAGUUCUUAUUCUCAAAGAAUUAAAGUUUAAAAUUGACAGGUCUAGUUUAAUACUAAUUAUUCUAUUUGAAUUGGGAUUUAUGAUCAAAGGAAUUUAUUGGUUUGUUGAUGUUGCUGUGACAUUUUCACACUAAUUUGAUUAUAUGAUAUUUCUUAGUGAGAUAGCAGAUUUUUCUAUAGUCAUUCUGUUUAUCUAUUUUGCAUUUGAAAUGAGGCUGAUUUAUAUAGUGUUCUAAGUUGAGAAAAUUAUGGGAUUCAGAUAAAGAUUCUUAGUUAUACAGAAAAAGUUAAAACUAGAGAGUUAAGGCCAAUCAUUAACGAGAUUUAAUAUCUUUAUGAUUUUUUGGACAUACUUGUUGCUAUUCGUUGGAUUUUUAUAAGUACUACACAAGGCCUAUCUUGAAUCAACAAUAUUGCUAGAAAGAAAUGAUCUGUAUAUUUUGGCAUUGCAGAUAAGAUAUUUCGUUUAAGAUCCAAUAAUAAGAAUGCUUUUGGGAACUACUAUACUUUACUUAUUUUAUCACAUGGCAAGAUAAUCAAAUAAAAAGCGUUAAUAAAGAAAUGCAGUAGGUUCACCCACUAGCAAGGAUGAUUCAAGGCGUAAUUACGGUACAAUGAGUAUUAUAGAAAUUCUCUAAAAGAAUACCCUAAGUAAAACCAACAGCAGUCUAAACGGAGAGGGGAAUUAAGUAGUCGAAGUAAGUGUCUCUUUCUUUUCAAAGAGUGCUAGAAUUCAAAUGGCUAUGAUUGAUAUGAAUAGAAAUUCAGACUCCUUAGAUUAAUCAAUUGACUCGGAAAGAUCUGAGCUCACAUAAUUUCAAUCCUUUAUAAUAGAGUAAAUGGCAAUGUUUCGAAAGAAAGAAUUUUAAAGGUAGAGAGCUAAUGAAGGCUUAGAUAGUGUUAAAUUUUAAUAGAACACAUCACCACUCUUAUGA